AUGGCGCUCCCGGAUAAGAACUUGGGAAUACCGGGGGCAUUCGAAGCGACGUGUGGUAUUCAAGCACCCACAACUAGUGCUAACAACUUCGAGAUCAAUCCUGCCUUGAUCAACUUGGUGCAAAGCCAUCCCUUUUGUGGGAAGAGCAAUGAGUCGCCUCACGAGCAUCUCAAGCAAUUUGAGCAUUAUUGUGACACAAUCAAACACAAUGGUGUCACAUCGGACUACGUGAGGUUGACUUUAUUUCGUUUCUCUUUACUUGCACGAGCUAGUGAUUGGCUUGACAAGGAGGUAAAGCCCAACUCACUUCGCACAUGGAGCGAGGUGACUAGUGUGUUUUUUGGAAAGUUUUACUUGCAUGGAAAGACGGCGGAAUAUCGCCAUAAAAUUCAAUCUUUUGAGCAAAGGCGAGAUGAGUCGCUCUUCGAAGCUUGGGAUCGUUUUAAGGAGUACCAAAGGGAAUGCCCUCAUCAUGGGAUUCCUAAAUGGUUGUUGCUUCAAACAUUCUCCUUGGGGUUGAGUCCAAGUUCAAAGAUAAGUCUAGAUGCGGGCGCGGGAGGUCCCAUCAUGAACAAGACUCAAGAUCAAAUUGAGGAGAUAAUUGAGGACGUGGUCCAAAAUUAUCAAGCUUGGCACGUUGGUGCAAGGGACUAUGUUGGCAAGGGAAGGAAUGAUGAUGGGAAAGGAUUGGUUUAUGCUAUGGAGCAAGCUAGGAUCAUUGAAAAGCUUAGCUCGCGAUUGGAAAAGUUUGAAAGCACACCAAGCCAACCGCCAUCACCAUCUACAAUUCCACCUCAUUCGGCCACUCUUCUCAAUAAAGGGAAGAGCAAGGUUAGUUCCUAUGACACUAUGCCUCCGGACACUUCUUUUUGUGAUAAUUGUCAAGAUUUUGGUCACUUCCCCAAUGCAUGUCCCUUGGUUCAUAAUGUGUCUUUUGUGGAUUAUGGCCCUUCGUAUGAAGGUAAUUUUGAUGUGGAAUAUGCUCAUGCCUUGAAUGAGAGGUCUAGGAACUAUAACCCCAACAAUCAAAAUUUUGCUAGGCAACCUAGAGGGCCCCCCAUGUAUGGUUCCCAUCAAGGCUAUGGCCAAGGAAGUGGAAUGAUUGAGACCCAAUUAUCUCAACUCGCUAACACCAUUAAGGAACAACAAGUGCACACUAGUCUCCCACCCCAAGGUCAACCUCCUAAGCAAAUUUAUGCAAUCAUGACAAGGAGUGGGAAGACUUUAGAUGAUGUUCCUAGAGCCAAUGAGGUUUCUAAGUCCAAUGGGAAGGAUCAAGAGGGAGUCGUUGAGUCUAGCGACAAUGAUGUGGUAGAAGAGGAGCCUACCAUCGAUGAUGUAGGAGACACUCCUAUACAAAAAGAGGCAACUCUUUUACCUCUCCCCACUCCUAAGCUUCCCUAUCCCCAAAGAUUCAUAAGGCACAAGUUAUAUAGAUGUGCAAUUCUCAAAAUUUCUUGA